AUGGCUGUACUUGAUCUCGAAAAAGACGUUGGUGUUGAUGCGUCCUUGGCUAAUAAAUUUUACGCGAAAUAUGUACCGCAAGAAGUGCUUGGCACCGGUGCAAGUAGUACCGUUCGCCGGUGUGUUUCGAAGGAAACGAAAGAAGAAUUUGCAGUAAAAAUUCUGGAUUUGAACAGUGGCGUUGAAACUAAUGACGUCCUGCGUGCGGAAUGCAUGAGGGAAGUUUCCAUCUUGCGCGCGGUUGCUGGCCAUCCGAACAUAAUUAAGUUACAAGAUGUUUUUGAGGGAGAUGCUUAUGUAUUUUUGGUUUUUGAACUGUGUAAAGGUGGGGAGUUAUUUGAUUAUCUCACGAAAAUGGUCACACUUUCUGAGAAACGGACGCGAAUGAUUAUGCGACAAAUGCUUGACGCAGUUAAAUUUAUUCACUCAAAGGGGAUAGUACACCGUGAUCUCAAACCAGAAAACAUACUCAUGGAUUCGGAUAUGAACAUAAAAAUUACCGACUUCGGUCUUGCUGUUUUUGAAACCGACACAGAAGAAUUGGAAGAAACACGUGGCACUCCGGGCUACUUGGCGCCUGAGGUCCUCAGAUGCGGGUACUAUGAGGGUCAGCCCCCGUACGGUAAACCGGUUGAUGUUUGGGCGUGUGGCGUAAUCAUGUACACCCUACUUGUUGGCUUCCCACCGUUUUGGAACAGAAAGGAGUACCUUAUGCUUCGCCAAAUUAUGCAGGGCAACUACUCUUUCCGAAGCCCCGAAUGGGAUGAAAUCAGUGAUUCAGCCAAAGAUCUGGUAACUCUCGAGUUCGUAUAUUCACCAAAGAGUGCCUUAGAGCGUCCCAGGGUGCUUCUCAACUACUUUAAGGAAACCGCUCUCUCGUUAGUUCGUUUUUUUUGUUUCAAAAAUUUGUUUAAUCGAGGCACACUAAUCAGUUUCAUCAGGAUGCUGCGCGAGCUCAAGGCGUGUGGCACCACCCUGUCGCUGCACAAGCUCACCACCGAUCCUUACUCCAAUAAGCGUCUGCGAAAGCUGAUCGACUCGCUGGCGUUUGACGUCUACAGUCAUUGGAUCAAACGCGGCGACGAGCAGAAUCGCGCCGCGCUCUACGAGAACAAGCCGCGUUUCGACCAGGUCCACCUCUCGCUGACAACGUCGCUCUCGGUGAACUCGGAGUUGGAGAGUCGUGGUGAAGUCGGUGGUGGUGGCGGCGCCGACGACAACGUGGAGAACGACUUCCAAUUCACCGGGGACUUUGACGAGUCGUCAGUCGUUCGAUGGUGA